CCGCCCGCCGCCUCGCGCCGUCCUCCUUCCUCCCCUCCUUGCUCCCGUCCGUCCUUCCUUCCUCCCUUCCUUCCGCCCGCCGGCGCGAUGAUGGAGCCGGGACGCGGCGCGGCCGGGGCGCUGCUGCUGCUGCUGUGCGCGGGCUGUGCGCUGCGCCCCGGGCGCGCCCAGUACGAGCGCUACAGCUUCCGCAGCUUCCCGCGGGACGAGCUGAUGCCGCUCGAGUCGGCCUACCGGCACGCCCUGGACCAGUACGGCGGCGAGCGCUGGGCCGAGAGCGUGGGCUACCUGGAGAUCAGCCUGCGGCUGCACCGCCUGCUGCGCGACAGCGAGGCCUUCUGCCACCGCAACUGCAGCGCGGCGCCCGCGCCCGAGCCCGCCGCCGCCGCCGGCCUGGCCCGCUACCCCGAGCUGCGGCUCUUCGGGGGCCUGCUGCGCCGGGCGCACUGCCUCAAGCGCUGCAAGCAGGGCCUGCCGGCCUUCCGCCAGUCGCAGCCCAGCCGCGAGGUCCUGGCCGAGUUCCAGCGCCGGGAGCCCUACAAGUUCCUGCAGUUCGCCUACUUCAAGGCAAAUAACCUCCCAAAAGCUAUCGCAGCUGCCCACACCUUCCUGCUGAAGCAUCCUGAUGACGAAAUGAUGAAGAAGAACAUGGCUUAUUACAAGAGCUUGCCGGAUGCCGAGGACUACAUCAAAGACUUGGAAACCAAGUCAUAUGAGAGCCUGUUCAUCCGAGCCGUGCGGGCGUACAACGGGGAGAACUGGAGGACGUCCAUCACCGACAUGGAGCUGGCCCUCCCCGACUUCUUCAAAGCCUUCUACGAGUGCCUGGCCGCCUGCGAGGGCGCCAGGGAGAUCAAGGACUUCAAGGACUUCUAUCUCUCCAUAGCAGAUCAUUACGUAGAAGUUCUGGAAUGCAAACUCCAGUGCGAAGAGAACCUCACCCCGGUGAUAGGGGGCUACCCCGUGGACAAGUUCGUGGCGACCAUGUAUCAUUACCUGCAGUUUGCCUACUAUAAGUUGAGCGACCUGAAGAACGCGGCGCCCUGCGCGGUCAGCUACCUGCUCUUUGACCCCAACGACAAGGUCAUGCAGCAGAACCUGGUGUAUUACCAGUACCACAGGGACAAGUGGGGCCUGUCGGAUGAGCACUUCCAGCCCAGACCAGAAGCAGUUCAGUUCUUCAACGUGACGACGCUCCAGAAAGAGCUGUAUGACUUCGCUCAGGAAAAUAUCGUGGAUGACGAUGAGGGAGAGGUGGUGGAAUUCGUGGAUGACCUCUUGGAGCUGGAGGAGACCAGCUAGUCAACAGGAGACAAGGACACUUCCCUCCGAUAUUUAAGAAACACAGAUUCUCUGUCUUCCUUUUCCCAACUGCCCACGCGGUUGAUACCUCACAGCCUUCUCUUUGCUCUGUGAAGUGAAAGGAAAGCUUCAUCUCUCACUACAUGUAACCAGGGGUGAGCCUGCUUUCCCCUUGACCACCCCUGCCUCCCUGUCUUCACACCGGCUUCCCCUGAGUUCACACCAGCCUACCCUGAGUUCACACCUGCUUUCCUUGUGUUCUCACCUAUCUCCCCAUCUUCACACCUAUCUUCCCCAUAUUCACGCCGCCUUCUUCAUAUCCAUACCUAUCUUCUUUCUCACCAGUCUUUCCAAUCCCCCCCCCCAGAAAAAACCAAUACUAUUUUUUAAAUAAGAAAAAAGACUCCUAAAAGAUGAUAAUUGUGAAAACCUACUUUGACCUUCCUGCUCUUCCAGAUUUUAGUCUUUUUUUAAAUUUUAUUUUAUCCCCAUGAGCAAUGAGAAUCCCACCAGGAGGACUAAGAGGGAGCCACCUUUGAGGGUGGAGAAAAACAGAAGAGUGUGGGGUUCUGGAAUCUGAGCUUUUUAAAUUCAACCCUAUCCCCUCCUCCGAUAAGCCACUUAGUUUAGUAGGGACCCGCCAGGGAUGGAGGCAGGAGGCAGGACUUUCCCCACAACGGCCUGGGGAGGAAUGAAGGGGCAUCGACACUGGGGGCUUCAGUGUAAGGAUGACUGACUGGUGGUGGAAAACACAUCUUUGCUUCUGCAGCUUCCUUUCCCCCCAUCUCACUGGCCCAGCCUCUGGGACCGGGAUGCACCCUAGUUCUCCUGCGGUGCUGUCCGUUCCCAUUUCCCUUCUACUGAGAGCACUUCCUGUUUUACCUACGUGAAGUCCUGCUGUCAGGAUCCAGGCUACUCAGCUCAAGACAGCAACCCACUGGUGUGGCUGUGGCUGGAGGUGCCGACACCAGCAGAGUCUGGACUCCUAGGGGGCAGCUUAGCCAAAGGAGUCAGUGUUCUUGGCAUCACGGAUGGCUGCACCCCAGCUCAUGGGAUGCGGGGUUCUCCUUUCUUCCCUUGUCCCACCCUCUCCUCCCCCAGAGAGACUUCCUUUGGGAGGCCGUGGGGGAGAGGCCAUAGGUCAGGACUACAAAGUAGAGGGGGACCCAGGGAGCGGACGCCCAGCCCCAGGGUUCCUGAGUCAUGGCGGGGGGCGGGGGGGGGGGGAUUACACCCAGCAGCUGUUUAACUCCCUGGAGGCUCCUGGCUGCUGUGGACCUUCCCAGUGUGUGAGGAGAAGCCCGGGGACACCACAGGGCCAGGGCUGGGCUAGGAGGGGGCGGGGGGGUCUGACCCACUCCACCUCUGGGGCCUGCAGUGCUCCCGUUUGGUUCUCUGCCUGUGCCUCGGAGUCUGGGCUGAGCUGUGUGUGGUGAUGUUUUUUUGCACGGGGUUGGGUGGUGGCGGCGGUGAUGGUGAUGGUGAUGGUGGUGUCCUCAUUCACUCUCUGAACUUGGCCUCUUUUCCCUGGGGAUUGAAAACCACCUCCACUCCCAUCCUAGCAAUGUCCCCUGAGGAAGGAACCCAGGGAUAGUAGGUUCAACAUCAUCGUCGGCACCUCGCCCGGAUUGAAGGCGGCAGAACCGAAUUAUUAAACUGUUUAACUCCAAGGGAAACAACACCGAUCUUUAAAGAACAGAACGGUGAGCUGAGUUCUCCAAGCCUGCCACGAAACCCCGUGUGCCGGCUGCACUCCGUGACCUCCGCCCGGCGCCCCCUGGACGGGUUUCUUAGGUGAGCCUAGGGGAUCCCCGGAUGGAGCCUCAAGGGUUCAGCAUCGGUCUGCUCUGUCUUUUGAAGACAAAAACCAAAACGCGAACGCAUUUGUGAGCUGAGUGAGUUUCCAGACUCACCCACGAUACCUCACUUGCCCUCUGACUCUCCACACGGUUCUCUGUCGGGUGUCCUCAAGCUGGUCCACCCAGGGAGGCCACCGCCCCAGGGGCUGGGGCGGGGGAUCUGUCCAGCCCCAUUGCUGGUCUGGUAACCCGGGCAGGGGCACCCAUUGGGCAGGCCUAAGGCGACCCACCCUGGCCCCUGUUCCUGUGCAGACAUGGGCAGUGGAUUUGUGUGUAUGUGUGUGGACACAAAGGUUUAAAAGGGACUAAUUGUCUGGAGUGUCUCCUACAUCAACAUAUCCAACGUACUCAUAUCUCCCCGCGUCCUGAGGCUUUCCAUCUCCCUGAGGCUUUCUAUCUCCUGCCACGAACCUCUCCUCACCCCUGGGGUCCAUCCCGAUAGAACCGCUCGGCCGUGGACCACAAAGCGCCGUGGGAGAGGCUGCUUUCAGCGGUUCUGACGAAGGGAGCGCUCGGAGCACAAACACCGUAUUGAAGCGAACUCGGUGGCAAACAGAAAAUGGCUUGUUAGGUCGUCAGGGGGGAAAGGGUUUAUUAUGACUGCCGGUGGGAUAAACAGGGGCCGGUUUCUGCCAACACGGAUGGGAAUAACGGUGUGUUUUUUUUUUUAAGUUUUAAAUGUGAGCCGUAAACCCAAGCGCCUUCAGUU